ACAGGAGUAAAAAGCGUAAAUAAAUUUAAAAAAAAAUGUCAAAUUCCGAUAGUGAUAAUGUUCAUCAUAGUGAUAGUGAAGAGCUGGUUAGAACUAAUAGAAUAAAAAGGAAUAAAUAUAGACCUCUAAUCAGAUUAAAUCAAGACCCAGACAAAGAAAGACAGGAUUGGAGCAUUCAAAUUAUUGAUACAAGUGUGAGAAAUGAUACAGUGCAAGAUGGGAUGAUGAAAGCACCACCUACUAUUACGACUCCGGAGGCUGAAAACAUACCUCUGCAUAUAGAAGUACCUGAAGACGAAGAAAAAGUAGAAAACGAAUAUUCGAGUCCUGAAGAGCUGGUUUAUAACACCAGAGCAUUAUCAAAACACAGUCCAACGUAUGAAUUGGAGAAAUUUGAAAAGAACGCAAUAAUCAUCUUUAACCAGGAAAGUAUUGAUGGAUAUAGGAAAAGAUUGGGAACAGAGAAAGAUGUGGAGGUUUUAGAGACGACGUUUAAGAAAUUCGGGUUUGAAGUGACGGAGAGGAAGGACUUGUCGAAAGCGGAUCUUUUUAGUGAACUCGAAACGUUCAGCAACACCGACUUCACAGACUACGGCUGUAUUGCUGUUGCGAUCCUGACGCACGGCUCAAAGAACGGGCUGCUCCGGGCUCGCGAUGCGCCUUACUGUGAGAUGGAGCUGCUGAAUCUCUUCAUGGAUAAACCUAUGCUGGUGUCCAAGCCGAUUUUGUUCAUCAUCCAGGCAUGCCGCGGCACGAAGCAGACGGCGGGCGUGGCGGUCCACACGGCAGGCCGCGUGCGUCGAGACCUGGAUGAGGAGGUGGAACCGUACACGCUGCCUGUGGAGUCCGACAUGCUUAUACUACACAGCUCUUAUGUAGGGAAACCUGCGCAUAGGAACGAACUCCAAGGCUCCUGGUUCAUACAAUCCCUCUGCAGCAAGAUAGCUGUAAUGGCGGAAACCCACGAUUUCGAGUCGAUCUUAACCGAAGUCAAGCGCGAAGUAGCCAUCGACCGUUACCACAACGAAUACAACCGACGAACACUAGAAAUGGUGACAAACAAACAAAUGCCGGUCACUACUUCAACUUUAAUAAGAAAAUUGUAUCUGAAGAAGUUCGGAGAUGACGCCAUCUGUUAUAGUAAGGUGGAUAAUGAGAGAGGAGACUCGAGGAAUGAGGUGUUGGACUGUGGGACGCCGCGGACGCCAUCUUUUGGACGAUGCUCGUGUUUUCUGGCGCAUUUUGAAUACAUCAAAAGUUGUUUAAGGCAUUUUGUAGAAGACAACCCCGAGGACACGACAGCAAAAGGGUUCCUGAACAUAGCCAACACUUUUAAGAGCGACAGAGAUUUCGACACCCCCAAAGAAGUGAUGCUACAGACGAUAUGCAACCAUUUAAUGGCAAACGCGCAGGCUUGCGCGUUUUAUAAAUAUUUGUAUCUGUAUAAAUAUUGAACUUUAAUCAAUAGUGUCAAUAUAUGUACUUUUUACUGUGAUUUUAUAUUAGAUAGUAAUACAUAUUUGCUAAACAUU